AUGACCAACUCUUACCUCCCAGCUGCCUUCACCGAGUCCCUCUCCUGGCCUGUUCGCCGAGACGAUGCGCCUGAGUCUAAAAGCGAUCAGGCCGUCACUCUCGGUAUUGUCGGCGGCAUUAUUCUUUUCUUUAUAGUACCGCCUCUCUGGUAUUUCAUCGCUAGGACCAUUCGACUUCGUCGGGCAAGGGCUCGAGAUGUUGAGCAGGGUGCAGGUCCCCCAGAGACAAACACCAAGGAGCACCUACAUGAACACAGCGAAUCAGUCAAUCAUCAGAACAUCACAUAUUCACAGCGCAGUAUAAAUACCCUUCUCUCCUCAUCACUUCACCCUCAUCACCCAUCCCCAACACAUCACCAGAGUAUCACCACAAUGUCCAACUCUAACCUCCCAGCUUCCCUCUCCUGGCUCGUUCGUCGCAAGGAGGUCGAGGAACUUCCCGAUUACAAGACAACGUAUCUCAUCCUUGGCAUCUGCUCUGGUGUUUGGCUCUGCAUCGUACUUACUUGGUACAUUGUGAGAUGUUGUCGGAAGAGAAAGCCCAGAGAUGUUGAGCAGGGCACUGAGUCGUCAAUAGUUGAGGCUGGUCCUCGCUGA